AUGGAUCAGCUCGAGUUUCUUGCUCGUCCGCUGGUUGUCUUUCUUUUUUUUUUUUUUCCCUUUAAAUUUUUUCUCUCUGGCCGCCUGUUCGUGGUCUGGUCGCCGUUGAAGCUGGCCUUGAAGCUGAAACUGGCGUGGAUGCGCCGUUUUGGUGGUGUUUCUUUUUCGGUGCAGAGGAAGACCUUAGACGACGAAGGGGCUGCGGCGGAGAAAAAAGAAGCCCAUCCAACUUUCUCUUCCUGCGCUGUUUCAACCCUCCCAGUCAAACCAACCGCCAGGCACGCUGCCACCCACCAACCAACCACCUACUUUUAA